AUGUGCCGUGGGCUCUCCUUGACCUUCACCAGUCUCCUCGCCAUCUACCUGGCCUUCUCCCUCAAUCGGUUCCUCUUCACCGAUACCCAAGAUCACGUCCUCUACGGGGUGAUUUUUGAUGCCGGAAGCACGGGGUCAAGGGCACGGGUCUACAAGGUGCUUCAAAAUGCCUCAGGGGGGUUGUGUCGGUACAAGUUGGUGAGUGAGGAGGCUUUUACAGUGGAACCGGGUCUUUCGGAGUUUGCGCGUUUCCCCCACGCCUCGGUGGCCUACUUGCGCCCACUGCUAGAUCAGGCGAGGGCCUGUAUACCCAAACACAAGCGAGCCCUCACCCCUCUGGUGUUGCGCGCCACCGCAGGUCUCCGACUGCUGCCUGAACGAAUUGCCAAUACCCUUCUCCAGUCUGUUCACAAUCUCCUCAACACCUCCGGGUUCCAUCUGGCCUCACAGGAAGUGGUGAGCAUCAUGGACGGCAUCGAUGAGGGCUUCUUUGCAUGGAUCUCCCUCCUAUUCCUUAAUCAGCAGUCUUGCCUCGCAUCCUACCACCCCCAGUCGCCUUUUACCGAAGCAGUUAUCCACCACCAGGCCAUCUUCGACCUAGGUGGUGCCUCAUUCCAACUCACUUUCGGUGUUACCACCGAUGCCGGGCCAAGCGAAUAUGUUCACAACAUCCCAAGUGUUUAUUUGGGUACCCAGUUCUCUCCUCCUAGCGGCAAGUUUUUUGCGCGCAGCUAUUUGGGUCUUGGACUGGUAACGGCAAUGCAUUCAAUGUUUUUGCACUCCUCCAAUCGAUCUACAGCGAGCAUCUCUAAUCACCUCCUUUCACCCUGCUUCCCAACGAAUUUCACAGGUAGCUGGAACCACGGCGGCAAGAAGUGGACGGUCUCGCACGGUUUUGAAGGUCGCCAGUCUCUUCCCGGGAAUGUUUUCAACGAGUGCUUUGAAACAGCUGUGAAUGUGAUAACUGAACGCGAAUUAGGCGCCAACCGGGUAAAGGAUCUUGAGGGCCUAAAACAACUUGAGAUACAGGCAACUUCCUUCAUGUGCUCGAAGACAGAAGAGGCGGCUAAAUUGCUCAUAAGCGGGCCAGCUGACGGUCGAGUUCCAGUCCAGUGGUACUUCGACGCCGCUAGGAAGGCCUGUUCCACACCACUGCUUGAGCGACCGUUCCUGUGCACGGAAUUAACUUACAUAUCUGCUCUCCUCUCACAUGGAUUCGGCCUACCGGUGGAUAAGUGUCUUAAUUUGAAUCGGACAAUUGGAGACAUUGAGAUCGGAUGGCCCGUAGGUUUCUUGGUAGAUAUACUUCUUCGAUGUUUUUUGACAGGGUAG